UAUUGAGAACGAUUUUUAGAACUUUACCGUUAUCUUUAUAGUUCUCGUCCUUGGUGUGAAUGGGCUCUCAUUGAGAAUCUCUUUCAUGGCCACUGAAGAAACUGAAUUGAGAUCGAUUGGACUCCACAGCCUGGUGUGAAAACGCCCUCCUCUCUCCUCCUGAGCUUCUGCACCAACACUCUGCCAGCUUAUGUUGUCUAACACUUGCCCACACACACGCUAGCACACCCCUAAAUACCAGAGUCUUUCCUAAUGUGUCAUCCCUCACACCCCGACCUCGACUCGGCUCGGCUCACUGACUAAUGUUGUGUUUCUCUCUCCCCUUCUCUUUCCCCGCGCACUCCACCAUGUCUUUUUGCCAUGCAUCCAUUCCUCUUCCGUUGCAUUCUGUCGUUGCACCCACGCAGUCUCUCUUCAUGUUCCCAUUCUCCCCGUCCUCCUCCACUCUCUCCUCCCUCCCGCCGACCCUCGACACCAUCUCUGAGCUGGAUGUGUUGUCUGACAUCUCUGAGGACGAGCCUGACCUCCACCUCGAGCCGGACUCUGAGGCUGUGAGCUGGCCGGCCAAAGACUCCAGCAGCGGCGAGGGUUUGUCCGAAGAGCCCCGCUUCGCUCUGCCCCGGCUGGGUGUGUCUGUGCUCAGCUUCUGCAGGGGUCUGUGUCUGCCCUGGCUGCUGGACGAGGAUGGCUGCAUCAGUCUGCCCUGUCUGCCGGAGGACUGCGCCACUCUGCUGCUCCCUGCAGGACUGCACCAUCACCUGCCCCUCACCUCCUCUUCCCUCCUGCCCUCCUUCCUGCUCAUCUUCGCCGUCGUCCUCUCCGCCUGCCAGUCGGUAGCGCUGUCUCUGCUGCUGGCGCUACCUCUGGCCCUGUCCCUGUGCUACCUGGAGCCGAAAACACUCGCGCGCUUCAGGCCGGCGGAGGUCACGGCUGAGACGAGCUCUCCAGAGGAAAUGCAGUGUGACCCCGCCGCCUAAACUGACCCCUGACCUCCCUGUUCCUGUCUCCCUGUCUGCCUACCCCCUAAUCGCUACUGUGUGCAUUUUGUCGCUGUUCGCCUCUAUAGCUCUUUCUCCCGCUCCAACUUCCAGUGCCAGAUUUUCAGUGUGAAAUGCAGAUUAGUCCCUGCGCUCAGAUUGUAGCUGUGUAAAUCAGCAGCAUUCCAGUGGGACUCUAUUUAUAGUCCACGUCCUGUCUGAAAAAACUCUUUCCCCACUUCAGCUGAAGCAUUUAUUAGACCCGAACCACUCAACCAGCUUUAAAGGGGUCAUAUGACGAUACUAAAAAUAACAUUAUUUUGUGAAUUUGGU